CACACAGGGACCCAGCCCGUACUCCCUACAGGAUGGGUCUACUGCUCCCCUUGGCGCUCUGCGCCCUGGCCACAAGCUACAGCGCUGCCUUCCCAGCUCAGCAGACCACCAAAAACCUCUUCCCUUACCUCUCUCGUGGCUGCAAUGACUCGGAUGUGCUGUCCUUUGCUGGCUUUGCCCUGGAGGACAUCAACAAGGACCGAAAGGAUGGCUACAUCCUCAGCCUCAACCGAGUGAGCGAUGUCCGUGAACAGAGACAGGAUGACGAACCCGGGGGCUCUCUGUUCUAUCUCACCCUGGACGUGCUAGAGACCAGCAGUCAUGUGCUCAGCCGGAAGUCCUGGAAGGACUGUGAGGGCAGGACCCUUCAUGAGACAGUUUAUGGCCAAUGCAAAGCAUUAGUUUAUGUUAACAGACCAAGAAGAGUUCUCUAUACAGUGGCUUAUAACUGUACUCUUCGACCAGUUUCUCGAAGAUCAAUUCUAAUGACUUGUCCUGACUGUCCCGGGCCCAGCGACAUUAGUGGUUCAGAUCCCACGGUUUUGGAAGCUGUAACUGAGUCUCUUAAGAAAUACAACAGAGAGAGCAGCUCAAAGCAGUACUCACUUGUUCAAGUCACGAGGGCUUCCAGUCAGUUUGUGGCUGGUCCUUUUUACUUUGUGGAAUAUUUGAUCAAAGAGUCACCACAACCGUGUACCAAGUCCAUGGAUAGCACCUGCGCACUUCAGUCUCCAGACCCGGUGCCUGUUGGUCUUUGCCAUGGUUCUCUGCUAGACAACCAAAUAGAAAAGACUGUUGAAGUGAACUGUGACUUCUUUGAACCACAGGACGCUGCUGCUGAAGGGGAAAAGGCCGCAAAGCUCCCCAAGGUUCAAGAUCCCGAGAAGAAAGAUGCUGAGGCCAAAAGAGGACCGAGAGGAACUGUCCAGAAACUGCCUGACUUGGGUGUUGAGAGGCCUGAACAGUCACAGGACUCGAGCGCAGUGGAGGAGUUCCCUGUGCAUCUGGAUCUGACCAUGGAUCCCGAGGGACAGGCCCUGGAUGUCUCCUUCCUCUUCACUGGGCCUUUGGAGGAGAAGCUGCUUGUCCUACCUUUUCCCUCAAGGGACCAGCGCUCUUUUGAGUGUCCAGGACCAGCCCGGAAUGCGAACCGCCUUGUUCUUCCCCCAUGAGAGCCGCACAGGAGCAGAAUCCCACAGCUGAUGGUGGGGAGGGUGAUAGAGAUAAAGGAGAUGUACAAAGUGUUAAAUUAAAAAGUUACUAUAUUUGGUGUUGGCAUAUUGGCUGGAAGUAAGAUAGUGACACUACAUUGUCCACUUGUAUCCUGGGUUGAUUCUAAGACCUCCAAGACCUCAGCCAGACAUCAGACUCUUGGUGGGCUGGGUGGAAACUGAGGACAUUGGUAUUCAUGGGAAAUGUACACCUGUGAAAGAAUGGGUGUUGAGUAUUAUAUGACUGAAACCCAAUCAUAAACAACUCUGCAACUGUGUAUCACACUGUAAUGCAAUUAAUAAAUAAAAUGUUAAAGGCUA